UUUCCCCCCUUCCUAUUCAGAUACCUAUAGUAAAUGAAGACAGUGAAGAAGCUAAACUUGUUUCUUAUUCCGAGGGCUGGCUUUGUGAUUUUGGACUGUUUGUUGUGGAAAACUUUUUGAUCUGUCUUGAUCGGCCAUAUACUUGUCACAUACUUUGCACAAUGAUACAAGCUCUUGGUGGUGAUCUAAGCAGAUGUACAGAAUUCCAGAGCAAAAAAUCCGAAAAUCAUAAAAAAAACUUUCAUCAAGAGUAUUUAGGGAAAAUCGUUUCUGGAACUGAAGAGCAAAAUUCAGUACUUAUUCUUGAUCAAAUACCUGAAUCAUUUGCUAAAAUCUUGAAGAAGAUUGCAAAAUGCAUAAAAAAGUUGGACAGUGUCUUAGAUUAUGCUACUGAUAGUUCUGCUGGUGUUGUUAUUGAAGCUCUUCUGUUUAUAUUAAAGAAAAGACUUCCAAAGAGGUGUAAAAAACUUGUUUCUGCAUUAAUAAUGAAAAUAUGUUCUGAAAAAAAUGCAGAGUGCAUUCCUUAUGCAUUGCUGCAUAAAAACUGUUCCUAUGUAAUAGAGAAUCUUCUUAUGGCUGCAGAUGAAGAUAUCCAGCUUAUGUUUUGGAAUGAAUAUGUUGCAAAUUACUUAGAGCAACUAAUAGCGCAUCCUAUUGGUAAUUACUUGCUUCAAAGGUUAUUUAAUGCUACUGUAAGCAAAUCACAAUUUGAAAUAAUGUGUGAAGCUAUUGGAAAGCUCUUUGAAGAAAUAUUAAAAUCUGGCCAUUAUGGAAUUUUUGUUUCCAUUGCUACAGCCUGUAAUAGAUUGAAAGCUCAACAAGCUCAGUUUAUGAAGAACAUUAUGCAAUGUCUGCAUUGCAUAGAACCUGAAGAACGGCAAGCUGUUCUAGUUCCACUGCUCAUUGGCUUCCAAACAUAUGAAAAGUAUGUUGCAAAAGGUGGAAACAUGGUUGUGUGUUUGCAAGGAUCGUUGCUUGUACAAGCUAUACUUAAUUUUCAGAAGCCGAUAAAAGUAGUGAAGAGUAUUCUGAACAUGAAACCAAACCAACUUGAGUUUUUAGCUUGCCAUGUACAAAGUUGUCAUAUUCUACAUUCAUUUUUCAUUUCUGCUUCUGUGGGUGAAAAAAACAAGGACAAAUUAAUUCAUUUGUUAAAACCCAUAACAACGACACUGGCAUCUGAUCGAGAAGGAAGUUUAACUCUUUCACGCAUAUGGACCUUACUUUCUAUUAAACAGAAAAAUGUAAUUGCUGAAGAACUAGCCAAAAAUGAACAGAUAUUACAGUCAUCUCGCAAUGGCAGCACAGUUUUGAAAAAAUUUGCUAUCUUUCGUUAUAAACAUCAUUAUGAUAAAUGGAAAGAAAUUCAAAAUAACUUAUUAAAAUUCAGAAGCAUGAAGAAUGCAACAAAUGUGUGAUGUUUGUAUAAAUCUAAGUAAAUAUGUAUAGUUAUGCAUUAGGUAUUUUGUUAUAAAUAUUUACAUCAAAUAUAAAGAUUUUACAUCAAUUUCAA